AUGCCCCCCGUCCACCUCUUGGUUCUUGGACUCGUUCUCUUCCAGUGUAUCAAUAAUGUCACCUCUGCCCCGUUACCAUCAUCAUUACCCAGUAUAAUCGAUAGUUUGGAUGAUUUCGAAACAAUGUUGGGAUAUCACUCUCUGCCGCAGAAUUUCACAGAACCAACUAAUAUUGUUGUAGCAGGGCGGCGAGCGGAUUUCAACGAACCUGGAAGAUACAAUGUUGCUGAUGGUGCCAAUGGAACAGUUAAACUAAUAGCACAGUGA